UUAAAAUUGAUUCUGUUUUUUUACCUCGCCUGAGUAGCUCGUUGAGCUUUUUUUUUUCGUACUGUGGCGAAGGUGGAAAUUGGAUUUGAUAAUUCCGUAAUUCCGUCGGUGAAAUCGAACUCCCCAAUCCCAGGAAAGUAUGCGGUUGUAGCAAACCAUUAUAUGAUGCGUUAAAUUCUUCUGCUGGGGCCAAAAGAAUGUUAUAAUAUAGUUUGUGAAGAUGUAUGAGCCCGUGGCUACGGCCACGGAUUCCCGGGGUGGAUCUCCGACGGAAAGUGGUGAUUAUGUCGUAACUUUGGAUCAAAUUCCGAGGUGGAGUGAUGUCGAGCAGAGAUCUUCUCUUGAAUGUGAAGCAGGAGAUCCAUCCCUUUCCAACCUGUGCUUUGCCAACCCUUUGGCUUCAUCUUCCGAGGCAGAGAGUAGCGGAAACGGGGUGUUAUCCAAAUUUCCAGUUGAUCCCGAAAUAAACUCUAAAAUAUAUUUGUGGAGAGGGGAACCUUGGAACCUUGAGGUUGAUGCAGUCGUAAAUUCAACAAAUGAGAAUUUGGAAGAGGCACAUAGUAGUCCUGGUUUGCAUGCGGCUGCUGGAUCUGGUCUUGCAGAAGAAUGUGCUACAUUGGGUGGAUGUCGCACUGGGAUGGCUAAAGUCACAAACGCCUAUGACCUACCAGCGAGGAGAGUUAUCCAUACAGUAGGCCCAAAGUAUGCAGUGAAGUAUCAUACAGCAGCAGAGAAUGCUCUAAGCCAUUGCUACAGAUCGUGUCUGGAGCUUUUGAUUGACAACGAGCUUCGAAGCAUUGCUAUGGGCUGUAUAUACACUGAAGCGAAAAACUAUCCCCGGGAACCAGCUGCUCAUGUUGCCAUAAGGACUGUUCGCCGGUUUCUAGAGAAACAGACGGAUAAAAUUGGUGCUGUUGUUUUCUGUACAACCACAACAUCUGAUACAGAGAUUUAUAAAAGAUUACUUCCACUUUAUUUUCCUCGAGACAAACGCGAGGAAGAAGUUGCCAUUUCAAAGCUCCCAGCUGAUGUUGGGGAUGAAAAUGGGGAGACGGUUAUAGACGAACGCAAAAUCAGAAUACAGGCACUGCCAAAUAAACCCGUGGACAAAGCAACCACAGCCCCAGUUGAACGUCCUGUCAAUGAUCUUGCCUUGGUACGAAGGAACUCGCAUUAUCUGGAUUCAUAUUUGGAUCCUGCCUUCAUGUCCUUGAUCAAAGAUCCAGAUGAGAGGCGUAUAGAGCAAUGGGAGAAAACCGCACAAGCACAAAGUGGAUUCAAUUUUGUUAAAUUGCUAGGAUUCGGUGAUCUUGGUGGACCCACACUCUCUGCUGCGGAGGAAUACUCACUCCAUUCACGAUACCUUGCUAAAGCUAAUUCUCUCAACCUCUCGGAAAUUGCUGAGAUGAAAAUCGUCUACCGUGGUGGUGUUGACAGUGAGGGUCGUCCAGUAAUGGUAAUUGUAGGAGCACACUUUUUGCUUCGGUGUCUUGAUCUGGAGCGGUUUGUGCUUUAUGUCGUAAAGGAAUUCGAGCCCGUGAUACAAAAGCCUUACACUAUCGUCUACUUCCAUUCCGCAGCAUCUUUGCAACUCCAACCGGAUUUGGGAUGGAUGAAGAGAUUACAACAAAUACUCAGUCAGAAGCACCAGCGUAAUCUUCAGGCUAUCUAUGUUCUUCACCCAACUUUCCCCUUGAAAGCUACGAUCUUUACUCUACAAUUGCUCGUGGAUAAUGUGGUCUGGAAGAAGGUUGUAUACGUUGAUCGGCUCCUGCAGCUGUUCAAACAUGUUCCCCGUGAGCAGCUGACGAUUCCAGAUUUCGUUUUCCAGCAUGAUUUGGAAGUGAACGGAGGGAAAGGUCUAGUCGUGGACCCAAGAACAAAGUAUGUGUAUCAACGGCCAUAAAAAACCAACUCUUUUGUUUCUGAUUCACAUUUCCCUUUUGUCUGAAGAUGCGAAUAAGUUUCUCUUUUAGCCUUUUUUUUUAUGUAUCUAUUUGUAUUUCGGAUCUUUGUCUACAAUUCAUUUCUGACAACAGUUUUGGGUAAAACACAGGCUAACUUUGUCAUUAACAAUGUUUAGUAAAUGUAGUGACUUGCUCGGUUCA